AUGCGCACCAAGAGUGACUUGAAGGCGCGUUUCGAAAUGACUGACAGCGGCAAGCGCGCAUUCGUGUUGGGCAUCGAGCUGGUGGACAACAACAACGGUAGCGUGACGAUAUGCCAGCGACGCUACGGGGAAGAUGUUCUCAAGCGUUUUGGCAUGAGCGACUGUAAAGCCGUCACCAGCCCAACAGACAUCAGUUCUCGACUCAUACCGAGCACCGCAGCAACCAUAAUCGACGCCCCGUUUCGUGAAGCAAUAGGCAAUUUAAUGCACUUGAUGAUCGCGACACGACCGGACAUUGCCUUUGCUGUGAGUUACGUUUCGCGCUUCAUGGAAAACCCCCAAGUCGAGCAUUGGAUGGCGGUCAAGCGCAUUUUGAGAUCCGUACAAGGGACUAAGUCGCACGGCAUCUGUUUCCAGUCUGAUUACAAGGUAUACUUCCGCGGCUACUCGGGUGCAGACUGGGCCGGCGACCAUGCAGACCGCAAGUCGACUUCGGGAUAUGCGUUCAUCCUGAUGGGUGCUCUGGUGAGCCGGGGAAGCAAAAGCAGUCAAGUGUGUCGCUGUCAACAAGUGAAGCUGAAGGACAAGUCUGGACCCGAGCUCAAGAUCAGGGAAGAUAACCAAUCGUGCAUCAAGAUGACGAAGAAUCCUGUGAACCAUGGUCGGGCCAAGCACAUCGACAUCAAGUACCAUCACAUUCGUGAUGAAGUCAAGCGUGGUGAUGUCAAGUUGGAUUGCUGUGAGACUACGAUUAUGUUGGCGGACAUCAUGACCAAGGGACAGCCAGGACCGCGUCACAGGGACUUGACAGCGCUCGGCAUACAUGCGUGCUCGCAUUGA